UGAUAUCCAUCUUGUCCUGAUCCGUUUGUGUGGUUUUGCGUCCUCUCAAUCCGUCACCAUUCAUUCACGCCUACUCUCAUGUGCAGUCCUGUUUGGUUCGAGCUCAGACAGAAAAGCAAGGGAAUUUUUCCACUCAGUUUAUUUUACGGAGAAAAAACACACCUUUAAAGCAUUUUUAAAACAAAUUGACAGUUUGGAAGAAUUUCUGACUGAUAGAAGAAGCAGGACGAAUGAAGACAGACAGUCAUUUCAUUUUUUAUUUUACGCAUCAACAUUCGCACGUAGCCUGGAGAGGGAAAAGCUGAGAAGGCAUUGUGUUUUCUGAAAGAAUUACUUAGCUUUGCAGACGGUGUCACCGCGUUGAGGCGAGGGGGAUUUAAUUUUAUAAGUAAUCAGACAGUGUUAAGUUUGCUGAGGUAGGUUACCUGUCAGGGGGAAAAAAAUAGCGAAGAGGCACCGUGGAAAGAUACACGCGUCAUUUCCAAGAUACCAGCGCAACAAGCCAACACCAUUACACCAGCCUGCUGCGUGGAUGGCACACGGGGUAUCUUCUUCUGUUGAACUGGUGCAGAGUAGCCACGCUGAGACCUGGGUCCAGCUGAGAUUCGGGGCUUUCUCGAUAUGAAAGAUAAGUUAAUUUCCUGAGGCCACAACUGAGCUGACUCACAGAAAACUGCACCUAGCAAGGAUUAUUUUUGGACUCUCCUCUACCUCGACAAUACAAAGUGGACUGAGUCACUUUAUCUCUUCAUACUACAGAGACUCCAAGCAUCACCACGCUGCCAUGUUUCUGAACAAGCGUAUCCUGAACUUAACUCCACCUUUCACACCAUGCUUGUUCAUGUCCCUUCUGCUGCUUCUGCUCCCAGGAGUCACUCGUGUCUCACAGGGCAGCGCCAGCCUUGAAGAUGCUGAAGUUGCAUCAGGCAACUGCUCCAGUACUGACAACUGCACCGAUGGCGUGGUGCUGCCCAUGUGGAACCCCCAAAAUCCUGCGGUGGGGGACAAGGUGGCGCGUGCCAUAGUUUACUUUGCAGCCCUCAUAUACAUGUUCCUGGGCAUGUCCAUCAUCGCAGACCGCUUCAUGUCUUCUAUCGAGGUCAUAACCUCCCAGGAAAAGGAGAUCACCAUCAAGAAACCCAAUGGUGAGACGACCACGACCACUGUACGCAUCUGGAAUGAGACGGUAUCCAACCUGACUCUGAUGGCGUUGGGCUCAUCCGCACCAGAGAUCCUGCUGUCUGUCAUUGAAGUAGUCGGCCAUAACUUCGAGGCUGGAUCUUUGGGUCCGAGCACCAUUGUGGGCAGCGCCGCGUUCAACAUGUUCAUCAUCAUCGCUAUCUGUGUGUACGUUGUGCCCGAAAAUGAAGUCCGGAAGGUAAAGCACCUGCGGGUGUUUUUCAUCACUGCUGCCUGGAGCGUGUUCGCCUACAUCUGGCUAUAUCUCAUCCUGUCUGUGGUCUCCCCGGGAGAGGUGGAGGUUUGGGAGGCCGUCCUUACCUUCCUCUUCUUCCCCAUCUGUGUGCUCCAAGCCUGGAUUGCAGACCGCCGCCUUCUCUUCUACAAGUACGUCCAUAAGCGUUAUCGUGCUGACAAGACCCGAGGCAUUAUCAUUGAGUCGGAAGGAGACGCCAUGUUCACUAAAAUGGACUUGGAGAUGGACGGCCAGGGUGGGAACUCCCACACUCACCCCAAAGAGGCCCUGGACGGGAUGCUGGAGGGCGUGGAAGAAGGCGGAGGGAGCGCGGAGCAGGAUCAAGAAGAAGAGGCCCGACGGGAGAUGGCUCGCACUCUGAAAGAUUUAAAACAACGGCACCCGGAGAAAGACAUGGAACAGCUGAUCGAAAUGGCCAACUACCAAGUGCUGGUGCAACAACAGAAGAGCCGGGCCUUCUAUCGCAUCCAAGCCACGCGGAUGAUGAUCGGAGCGGGGAACAUCUUGAAGAAGCACGCUGCCGACCAGGCCAGGAAGGUGGUGAGCUGUCAUGAGGCCAGUGGGCAGGAGGAAGACCCCAACACCAUCUACCUGCAGUUUGACUCCAAUCACUACCAGUGCUUCGAGAACUGCGGCUCUCUGAAGCUGUCAGUCACUCGACAUGGAGGAGAAAAUGGCUGUACUGUGAAGGUGGACUACCGUACGGAGGAUGCGACUGCCAAUGCCGGCUCAGACUAUGAGUUUGCUGAGGGCACUCUGGUCUUCAAGCCUGGCGAGACGACCAAAGAGUUCACCGUCGGUGUCAUUGAUGAUGAUAUUUUUGAAGAAGACGAGCAUUUCUAUGUGCGCUUGAGUAAUCCACGUAUCGUGCACCGGGCUGAGGUCUCUGUCCUGGAGCCAAACUCCAUCACCUCCAGCAACAGCACGGUAGGGAGCUCCAACGCUCCCCCCAAGGCCGCCCUGGGUACUGCCAGCACUGCCACGGUCACCAUUUACGAUGACGACCACGCCGGCAUCUUCACCUUCGAGAAUAACUCCAUGAGGGUCAGCGAGAGCAUCGGUAACAUGCAGGUGAAGGUUCACCGGACGUCCGGGGCCAGGGGGAAGGUGGCGGUGCCCUACCACACCGUCGAAGGCACCGCCAAGGCCGGUGAAGACUACGAAGAGGUGUCCGGCAAGCUGGAGUUUCAGAACGAUGAGACCAUGAAGCUGCUGAAUGUGAAGGUCAUCGAUGACGAGGAGUACGAGAAGAACAAGGCUUUCACCAUUGUGUUGGAGGAGCCCAUCCUGCUAGAUGUGGGAAAGAGACACGGAGACACCAACGAUAACAAGACAGCAGCGGGACCGGAGGACGUGUCAAAGAUGGGCUGCCCCAUUUUGGGCGAGCACACUAAGCUGGAGGUUGUGAUUGAGGAGUCCUAUGAAUUCAAGAGCACAGUGGACAAGCUGAUAAAGAAGACAAACCUGGCUCUGGUGGUGGGGAGCAGCAGCUGGAGAGAGCAGUUUGUUAGUGCUGUCACUGUCAGUGCAGGUGACGAUGACGAGGAAGAGAGCGGGGAGGAGCGCCUGCCGUCCUGCUUUGACUACAUUAUGCACUUCCUGACAGUUUUCUGGAAAGUCCUCUUUGCUUUUGUCCCCCCGACUGAGUACUGGAAUGGCUGGGCCUGUUUCUUUGUGUCCAUUUCUCUCAUCGGCGUCCUGACAGCUGUGACCGGGGACUUGGCCUGUCAUUUCGGCUGCACCGUCGGUCUCAAGGACUCGGUCACCGCCGUGGUGUUUGUGGCCCUCGGCACCUCUGUACCAGAUACAUUUGCGAGUAAAGUGGCUGCCAUCCAGGACCAAUACGCUGACGCCUCCAUCGGCAACGUGACGGGCAGCAACGCCGUCAACGUGUUCCUGGGCAUCGGUGUGGCGUGGACCAUCGCCGCCGUUUACUGGAAGUCCAAAGGCAAGGUGUUCAAGGUGGACCCGGGCUCGCUCGCCUUCUCCGUCACCGUCUUCACCGUCAUGGCGCUGGUGUGUGUGAUGGUGCUGCUCUACCGCCGGCGUCCCAGCGUGUCAGGCGGAGAGCUCGGGGGCCCACGGACACCCAAGCUCCUCACCUUCUUCCUCUUCCUCUCCCUCUGGUUCAUCUACAUCCUGUUGUCCUCCCUAGAGGCUUACUGCCAUGUGCCUGGCUUCUGAGGUGGAGGGAAACACACAGACCGCCUCCUCUCCUUGUUUUUACAGUGUACUGAACGUGUUUACUCUCGUUUUUGUCUAUUUUCACAGAUGUUUAUAACUCUUUGUAUCAUUAGUUAUUAUUGAUACCGCGCAAUAUUUGAUUGACUUUGAAUCUUUGGACUUUGGAACUUUGCUAUGCUGUUAAGAAUAGAUUUAGCCACUGAAAUUAAACCUUUUUUUUUUUUUUUUUAACACAUUGGAUAUUUAUCCAAUCAUUGCUUUCAGCAUAAAUCGCAUCCAACCUUCUGCCACUUAAAACUGCUGCCAUGUCCUCUCUCUGUGUGGACAAUUAUUUGAGUUUUUAAGUGUGAAGAAAGCACAAGAUUAAAGCAGUAUUUUUAAAGGCGUUGUAAAAUGAGUUUAAAGAAAGUGCAUGGAAUGACAUUUUAAUGACAUUUGCUUAAAAGAAAGAAAUGACUGAGGCUGGGGUGAGGUAUUGGUGUGAUGAUAUUUAUAACUCAAUCUAUACAUUAAUUAAUCAUUGUAUAUCAUCAAAAAGAUGAACAUUGUGCGUUGGAGUUUUGUGAAUGGAUAGGUGUGUUUAAUUUUGCACGUUAUCAGAUUAAGAGCUUCUUGGUAAUCUUAUUUGAAGUACUGUAUGUAAUUUUUUGACAUGAUGUGAUGAUGUGUUACUGUGAAUCACUGCUGUGUCACAAUGUGUCCACUGCUCACUAGGGUUAAAAAUGCCUUCUUCUUUUCUUACAACAUGCAUCAACCUGGAGCAGAGUGCCCGCUUUAAACUGUACUAUGAAGUAUAUACAUUAUUAGAGCUUUUCAUGUGCUGUGUGUGUGUGUGUGUGUGUGUGUGUGUGUGUGUGUGUGUGUGUGUGUGUGUGUGUGUGUGUGUGUGUGUGUGUGUGUGUGUGUGUGUGUGUGAGUGUGUGAGUGUGUGAGUGCGUGCACUUCUGCUAUCCAGGACAAAUUGGCGAAGGCAUGGCACUAUUUCCUUAUUGACUCCACACAAAAAAGUGCUGUCUCUGUACCGAUGGGCGAAGGACACCAGUUUUUCUUGAAUUUUUUUUAACAUCACUUUUAGAAUGAAGCACAGCCACGAGAAAAGGGUCACUUUCCAGAUGAGUUAUUAGGCCCUAAUCUUAGCACAAUCCCCAAAUCCAUUGUCUGAGAUGAAAAUGUGACAGUGUCUCUUUGUUUCGCACAGUGUUUGAUAUUGAAAUUUGUUUUUUAUUUACCCUCGGAUCAGUAGAGCCAUAUUUAUUGUAACAGUAUUAUGGUAAAGGUAUUUAUAUGACCAAUUUCAGUUUUAUUGAUAUGCACGUUUAAUGUAC